UCUAAAUAUGAAAUCACACGUCAGAAUCAAACCUGGAGCAUGGAAGUGCGUUUACUGUGUGAGAGAAACGAGAAGAAAGAGGACAAGAGGACAGACAAGACAAAGGCUGAAGGAAAAGAGGAGCAAGAGGAAGAAGAGGGGGAUUAACAAGAAGUGAAAGAAGAAGAGGAAGAAGAACAAGAAGAAAGUGGAAGAACAACAAGAAAAAUGCUGAACAACAAAUAGAUAAACGACAAGAGGAGCAAGAGGAGGAGAAGAACAAGAACAAGAAGAGGGUGAAGAGGGAGAAUAACAAGAAGAACAAGAAGAAAGUGGAAGAACAAGAAAAAUGCUGAACAACAAAUAGAUAAACGACAAGAGGAGGAGAAGAGCAAGAACAAGAAGAGGGUGAAGAGGGAGAAUAACAAGAAGAACAAGAAGAAAGUGGAAGAACAACAAGAAAAAUGCUGAACAACAAAUAGAUAAACGACAAGAGGAGGAGAAGAGCAAGAAGAGGGUGAAGAGGGAGAAUAACAAGAAGAGGAAGGAGAGCAAGAAGAAAGUGGAAGAACAACAAGAAAAAAGCUGAACAACAAAUAGAUAAACGACAAGAGGAGCAAGAGGAGGAGAAGAACAAGAACAAGAAGAGGGUAAAGAGGGAGAAUAACAAGAAGAGCAAGAAGAAAGUGGAAGAACAACAAGAAAAAUGCUUAACAACCAAAUAGAUAAACGACAAGAGUAGCAAGAGGAGGAGAAGAACAAGAACAAGAAGAGGGUGAAGAGGGAGAAUAACAAGAAGAGGAAGAAGAGCAAGAAGAAAGUGGAAGAACAACAAGAAAAAUGCUUAACAACCAAAUAGAUAAACGACAAGAGUAGCAAGAGGAGGAGAAGAACAAGAACAAGAAGAGGGUGAAGAGGGAGAAUAACAAGAAGAGGAAGAAGAGCAAGAAGAAAGUGGAAGAACAACAUGAAAAAUGCUUAACAACCAAAUAGAUAAACGACAAGAAGAGCAAGAGGAGGAGAAGAACAAGAAGAGGGUGAAGAGGGAGAAUAACAAGAAGAGGAAGAAGAGCAAGAAGAAAGUGGAAGAACAAGAAAAAUGCUUAACAACAAAAUAGAUAAACGACAAGAAGAACAAGAAAAAGAGCAGCAAGAAUAACAACAAGAAGGGAGAGAAUAACAAGAGGAAGAACGACAAGAAAAAGAGGAGGGUGAAUAACAAGAAGAGGAAGAAGAGCAAGAAGAAAGUGGAAGAACAACAAGAAAAAUGCUUCACAACAAAUAGUAAACGACAAGAAGAAAAAGAAGAGCAAGAAGAACAACAAAAUACCAGCAAGAAUAAUAGGAGCAAGAAAAGAGAGAGAAUAAAAAGGAGAGGAAGUAGAAAUAGAGGUAGAACAAGAAAAGGAAGAGUGAGAAGACAGUGGACCAAGGACAGGAAAAGUGGUAACAACAAGAGGAACAACAAGAGAAAGAGGAAGUGGAGGAAGGAAGACAAGAAGACAAAGGAUUCUAACAAAUGAAGAACAACAACAAGAGAAAGUAGAGCAAGAAGAAACGAGAAAUAUAAUAUGGAAAAGAGCAGAAAAGAGGAGGAAGCGCAGGAAUAACAACCCCUGAUCCCCUGACGGUGUGCUGCAGGUUCCAGCCACUGGAUGGCGCCCUCUCCCCCCCAGUGACAGCCCUGGACCCUCAGGGGCCCUGGCUCCUCCCACCUCAACCACGUCAGAGUCUUUUGAUCACCUGCAAAUGUGAUCAUGCACCAAAGCAUCAAAUGAGGAACAGGUGGAGCUGUUGUUACUGUGAUGAGGGACAAACCAGUCAGAAGGAACAAAAACCAAGACGACUUCUCCUGCGGUUUCUGAGAGGUCGUUGGACGAGUCUGCAGAAGACGGAGCAGCGCCAACCAUGGCGUACAGGAAGGCUCUGAAGCGGACGGCCAUCAUCGGCGGGGGGGCGGCCGCCACCUUCUUCGGCCUCUCGCAGUUAAUCGAGUACAGGAAGAUGAAGCCUGGAUUGACUCGGAUGUCCCACGUGGCGGCGGAGGCGGAGCUGAAGGCGCCCUUCGCCCACGAGCUUCCCUCGCGGGCGGCGCAGCUCGCGGCGCUGCAAACCACCGAGGAGUUUGACGUGCUGGUGAUCGGAGGCGGGGCCACGGGGGCAGGAUGUGCCUUAGACGCUGUCACACGCAACCUGAAGACCGCCCUGGUGGAGAGGAACGACUUCUCCGCUGGGACGAGCAGCCGCAGCACCAAGCUGAUCCACGGCGGCGUGCGCUACCUGCAGAAGGCCAUCAUGCAGCUGGACUACGAACAGUACAUGAUGGUGAAGGAGGCCCUUCAUGAGCGAGCCAACCUUCUGGAGAUCGCCCCUCACCUGUCGGCGCCACUACCCAUCAUGCUCCCUGUUUACAAGUGGUGGAAGCUGCCUUACUACUGGGCCGGGAUCAAGAUGUACGACCUGGUGGCCGGGAUCCACUGCCUGAAGAGCAGCUACGUCCUCAGCAAGACCAAGGCCCUGGAGAACUUCCCCAUGCUGAAGAAGGACAAGCUGGUGGGAGCCAUCGUCUACUACGACGGGCAGCACAACGACGCCCGGAUGAACCUGGCCAUCGCCCUCAGUGCUGUUCGCUACGGCGGCGCCGUCGCCAACUACACGGAGGUGGUUCACCUGCUGAAGACAAAAGACCAGGAGACGGGCAAGGAGCGUGUGAGCGGCGCCCGCUGCAGGGACGUCAUCACCGGAAAUGAAUUUGACGUGAAGGCCAAGUGUGUGAUCAACGCCACCGGCCCGUUCACCGACUCCGUGAGGAAGAUGGACAACCAGGAAACCCCGAACAUCUGUCAGCCCAGCGCCGGCGUCCACAUCGUCAUCCCCGGUUACUACAGUCCCGACAACAUGGGUCUGCUCGAUCCGGCCACAAGCGACGGACGUGUCAUCUUCUUCCUGCCGUGGGAGAAGGUGACCAUCGCCGGCACCACCGACAGCCCCACCAGCGUGACGGCCCACCCGAUCCCGGGGGAGGACGACAUCAACUUCAUCCUGAACGAGGUCCGCAACUACCUCAGCCCGGACGUAGAAGUGCGGCGAGGUGACGUGCUGGCAGCGUGGAGCGGCAUCCGUCCCCUGGUGACCGACCCCAACUCCAAAGACACUCAGUCCAUCUGCAGGAACCACAUCGUCAGCAUCAGCGACAGCGGCCUGGUCACCAUCGCCGGUGGGAAGUGGACAACCUACAGGUCCAUGGCCGAGGAGACUCUGGACGCCGCCAUCAAAUCCCACGGCCUCUCGGCUGAACCCUGCAAGACGGUGGGUCUGAUGCUGGAGGGCGCCAAGGGCUGGACGCCCACGCUCUACAUCCGCCUGGUGCAGGACUACGGCCUGGAGCAGGAGGUCGCUCAGCACUUGGCCGCCACGUACGGAGGGAAAGCGUUCGACGUGGCCAAGAUGGCUCAGGUCACAGGGCAGCGAUGGCCGAUCGUGGGCAAGCGCCUGGUGUCCGAGUUCCCGUACAUCGAGAGCGAGGUGCUGUACGCCAUCAAGGAGUACGCCUGCACCGCCAUCGACGUCAUCGCCCGGCGGACGCGCCUGGGCUUCCUGAACGUGCAGGCAGCCGACGAGGCGCUGCCACGCAUCGUCCAGAUCAUGGCGAAGGAGCUGAGCUGGAGUCAGGAGAGGACGACGGCUGAACUGGAAGCAGCCAAGAAGUUUCUGUACCAGGAGAUGGGCUACAGGUCUCGAUCUGAGCAGCUGACCAGGACGUCCGAGAUCAACCUGGACUACCAGGAAGUCGUCAGAUACAAGAAACGCUUCCACAAGUUUGACACAGAGAGCCGAGGGUUCAUCACCACGGUGGACGUCCAGCAGGUUUUAGGAAGCAUCAACGUUCACAUCGACGAAAACGCGCUUCAUGAAAUCCUCAACGAGGUCGACGUCAACAAGAACGGACAAAUAGAAAUAGACGAGUUCCUGCAGCUGAUGAGCGCCGUGAAGAAGGGCCAAGUGUCGGACAGCCGGCUCGCCAUCCUGAUGAAGACGGCGGAGGAGACUCUGGAUAAGAGGGGCCCGGUGACGGUGGACCGCAGCGGGGGCGGAGUCUGAGCACGCUGGAUUGAAGGGACGCAAAGGAGAAGGUGGUAAUGACAACAACAACAACAACACAACAUGCAAAUGGUGCUAUUUGAAUGACAAUGCAGCAAUCAAGCACACGGGCGGACGGACUCAGCCACACUCCUGAUUCCUGAGGGGGAAAGAGAACCUGAUGAUCCAGGGCAGAUUCUCAAGAGUCGAUGCUGUUUGUAUGUUUCUCAACAUCCGGUGCCUCAGAAAUCACACAAACCUGUUUUAUACUCUGUCUUUCAAACUGUUUAAAUUGCCUCUGCAGCGCCUCCAGCACUCCGUCUCUUAAACUUUAUUCUUUUCAAGCGACGCAGCUUUCGAGUCUUUGGUCAAGUUUGAUUUCUCGGGUUCAUCGUUUCCCCUCAAAGUUUCCUGGAGAGAAUUUGUCUGAAAGGACAAAAGAGAAAUGCUUGAUAAACACCAAUAUCUGGAUUUUCGGACAGAGAGGAUGAAAACACAACGUCCCUCCAGGGAACUUUGGUGGAAAAUGUCCUGUAAAUCAAAUCCUCACUGACGUGUCGGUGUGUAGUUUCUGAUUUGUGCACUAGUGGUUUAAUAUUUAAUAUUUAAUGGGUUUUAAAAAGCACUCUGAGACGUUUCUGAACCUUUUCUGUUGCCUCUUAUUUGUCUUUUAGGGUUUUUAAACAACUGAUCAGGGUUAAAUGUAAAAAUCAUUUAACAUCUAUUUGUCCAAAUGGCUUUCCAGCGAACUACUGACGUUUACAUGACGAGGUUUCAAGCUUUAGCUUCUAAAUCACUAAUGUUACUGUUCUUUCCAUAUAUGUUUAUUUAUUCUUUUCUCCUCAUACGCAGAGAUUAUAGAUUUUAACUAUAUUUUAAAGUGUAUCUCUAAAUCAGGAUGUUUUUAUUGCUACACGUUAACUUUAUUCUCUAAAUAAUUCAAAGCUAAAUCUACAUUUUGCAGAAAGUAUUUUAUUUUAUUUAGUGUUUGCUUCUCUUUUGGAUUGAGCCGCUGUAUUGACGCACACUCAGUCUAUGGGACUGGUCUAUAACCUGCAUGCUGUCAGCUGAUUGUCAUGAGAACUUUAAAGCAGAUUAAUGUCGUUGCAUGUUUGGUUUUAAAGAGUUUGGUGAUUUUCUUCUUUUAAAGGGUCUGAAUGUAGAGAUUUACCUUCACGUGCCUCAGAUAUGACACUUAACUAUUUACACUCUGUGUCACAAACAAGUGCAACAAAUACAGGAAGUAAUGUUGAGAUAUUGAUCAUUUAUAAGAGUUAUUGUAAUAGGAAAUGUGUUUGAAAUGCAUUGUAUGUUUAUACCUGUGAGAACUGAGGCCUGUUGUAAGGGACGAGUGUUUUAAUAGAAACACUAGUUUGGUUAUUAGAUAGUUGUCACUCCAAAAGGGACUUUUAUUUUGAAGGGCUGAGGUGUCACUGAAAUCUGGAUGAUUAAAAAAACAAAACAAUAUGUCAAUAUUUUAGUUAUAUUUAUGGAUUGGAAGGACGUUGAAGUCAGAUUCUUAUGUUCCCACCUUUAUUUGUGCGCUUAUUUUUAUCUGAAUUAAAAAAGUAAAUAAAGUAGGUGGACGAAAAAAGGAUCAAAUUGAUUCCCAGCCCUUUUAAUGUGUUAGAUUUAAUAUAUUUAAGUAUAUUUACGCUGCCUCCCCCCCUCACCACAGGCCUGUUGUCAGUCUUUUAUUUUGAAAGGCUUGUAUUUGUAUGUGUGUGCACUGUGCUUCCUUAUUGCCUUCAUUUAUCCUCAUGAGCAACUGCAGAUGUGCAGAUUUUCUGUUGGACUCAUUUUUAUGCAGUAAACCGAAUCAUUCCAUUCCUUCUAUGUACCAAACGCACUGUUACUGAAGUGUGUGUGUUGUUGUGUGUGUGUGUGUGAGUGUGUGAGAGUGACACAACCCUUCAAACUGCCAACUCCGGCUCGUCAACAAUCGCUCAUGGGCAGCACCACGUUCAUCCUGAUGUUUGAUUGUCUCCUGCAGGAUGAAAUUUCAGCUUUAUCCCGACUCAAAGAGAAUCAUGUUCCUGGUUCUUCUUCCUCUUUUCCUCCAGUGCAGAGGCCGAGUCGUCAGGUCUGAAAAACGAGCGAAGGAAACAAAGUCAUUAUCUCAUUAAAUGUAUCUGGUUGCUUGAAAA